AUGGAACCUGCAAAGAAUCCAGGUCUUGGUUCCAGCAUGUUCUGCUCACGAUGCUCUACAAUCGAUUUUGACUCUCUUUCAGGAAGUUCUUACAAACCAAGCCAUGACAAUGACAUUCUUACAAUAGAAGGAGCUAUAGAUGAGAGCUGGGCGUCGCCUUCCUGUGCUCUGUGUCUGCUUUUCAAAGCCACUGCUCCUCCACCUGCAUAUAAGAAUUUGGGGCCACUAUUGGCGUGGCAGAAUGAACGCUCUCUCACACUUCUCAGUCCCGACAAAGCUGGGCAGAUCGUCGGAGACACAAAGUCCCAUGUGCUUAUCAUUAAAAACAAACAAGGCGUGCAGUCUUUUCCGGAUCCUAAUAGAAGUCUUUGUCUACAAUCGGAUACAGCCCAGACUAUCAGAGUAUUAGACCCUCAACACAUCGACUUUAGCAUUCUCGAGCAUUGGCUUUCGACAUGCCACAACAGUCACGGCGAAUCCUGCGGUCUGGAAGAGACUGCUGUGAUACAAUGCUUGCAAGUGAUAAAUGUCCAUACUCAGCAGGUGGAGAAUGCAGGGAAGGGAGCGCGUUACGUCGCCCUUAGUUACAUGUGGGGACAGCAGAAGCAGACAGGGCCACCUGCUCCUCUAUCUACUUCCCAAACCAUGUUAGCAGAAAGACGUGGCUCAAGCCCUGGAAGCCUUGAUACUGGUUCACAUGAGUUCCCACCAACUAUACGAGAUGCCAUGGUGGUCACCAAAAAGAUGGGAUUCCACUAUCUUUGGGUCGAUCGGUACUGCAUUCCCCAAGAUGAAAGUAAAAGUAAGGAGAAAGACGACCACAUCAAGCAGAUGGACAAGAUCUACCGCAAGGCCGAGCUUACCAUCGUCGCAGCUGCGGGACAAGGACCCGAAUAUGGCUUACCCGGCGUGGGAUCAACCCCACGAAUACCUCAACCAUCAGUUCAAAUAGGCAAGCAUACUCUCAUCUCGACCAUGACCACGCCGCGAUUUAUGAUUUACAGCAGUCCAUGGUACAGUCGCGGAUGGACCUAUCAAGAGGGCAUAUGCUCUCGAAGACGCCUGUUGUUUACCGACGAGCAGGUGUUCUUUGAGUGUCAGCAAAUGAGCUGUCGUGAGACAGUCGAUUACAUGUGGCCGACUUCCAAUGGUACGAGCGCGUGA